CAGCAGACCUUCCAAGAACUAUGCAAGUGGCAAGGAAAUCUGAACAUGUUGACGUUUCUGUUCUCUUGUAUAAUAACAGACAAUUUAUUCUAUUUGUUUAGUAUUGUGAUGUUUAUGAAUUACAAAAUAAAUAUGUAUUUUUAUAUGAUAUGAAUGCAAAUGAAAACUGGAAGACACACAGAGACAUUGUUUUUGCCAGUGAUUUAUUUAUUUGAUGGAUUAAACCAUUAAGCACCACUAUCAAAGGAAACAGUAGACAGCAGUGUACUCACAGUACUCGCUCUUCCCUGGACAGGUGUUCGCCAUGGAUGGCAUGAAUACCUCAGGGAGGAAGUUGGUAGCAUCUAAACUCUGAGGGGAGAGGGAUUCCUCUAAAACAUCUUUGUUUGAUUUCCUGGAUCCUGAUCAAGCCUAUUCCAGGACUAAAAACUCUGUUGGAGAUUCUCAAGCUGACCGGUAUGACUUCAUGGAGAUUCUCAAGCUGACCGGUAUGACUUCAUGGAGAUUCUCAAGCUGACCGGUAUGACUUCAUGGAGAUUCUCAAGCUGACCGGUAUGACUUCAUGGAGAUUCUCAAGCUGACCGGUAUGACUUCAUGGAGAUGCUCAAGACACCCUCUCCCUACAUCCCCUCUGAUGGCCUGACCUUUGACCCCCUGGUGGACCUCAUCAACAUCAUUGUCGGGGACCUCCCCGAUGUCUGCAUACUGCCGGGACCCUUUGUGGACUCCAAACAUGAGCCGAUAGAGAAGUUUCUGUUGACUCAGGCGUUUGAUGCCAUCUUCUCCAGAUGUGUAGGGAGCAUCGUGAAAGGCCCUGAGGAGAGAUGUCCACCAUCACUUAAUUUACCCACAACCCCCUUUCACCCUGGCGGACCUCCACAAGGACGAUGAGAAUGUGAAGUGCUUGUUAUCCUACCGAAUCACUACUUAUUUUACAGUGUAGUUUUCCUG